UAUAUUUACAGUAUAUACAAGUGAGCUACAGCUUAAACUGAGGGGGCGGGAAGUUGUGAGAAUCGUAUUUAGGGCAGGGAACUGCCAUCACCUACUUAGUUUGUUUUGAGUAACUCAACCUUGACAGAGAUCAGAGAACGAUGCCAGACUUCAUCACUUACACUAAAACAAUGAACAUUUUAUGGUUUCUACUCAUCCUCACAGGGACCUGGGCUAAAGUUCCGCCAAUAGACAAGUAUGGGUUGAAGGGAGGUUUGGUGUGUCUGGCCGUUGCUGAAUCCCCUGUGGAGCAUGAAGAACUUAAAUGGAAAUUCAAAAGUGAUGUAAUAGUUGAUAAUAAAGAGAUCUCUCCUCGAUACAAGGAGAAGGUGCAAUAUAACCCGGUGAACCACUCUCUGUGCAUUAAGAAUCUGAAGGAAACGGACAGUGGAAUUUACUAUCCGACUGUUGGAAAAUGGAAUUUAGAAACUAUUAUUGAGUACAAAGUAACAAUACAGGAAGCUGUUUCCAUACCAGUCAUGAAGGUGGUGUCUCUCUACUCCAACUCAAGUAGGGGACAAUGUAACAUCACAGUGAACUGUUCUGUUAAAGACGUCUGGGCAUUGUCUGUCUGUAACGGGCGUCAGUGCACACUGUCACAACAGUCACUCACCGCAGUCAAUAUCACCAUCUCCAAUGACAACAGCACUAUCCAGUGCACGGUUAAAAAUCACGUCAGUGCAGAGACCAACUCACAACCCAUGAAGGACAUAUGCAUUGAGAAGGGUGGGAAAGCUUCAGAAUACCAAGUUGGCAUCAUUGUGGGCAGUGUUACUGCUGGAUUGCUACUCAUUAUUGUGUUUGUCGGAAUACGACGCAUCAAAUCAACCAGAAGAAGGGCCCAUAAAAACAAGCUGCCACUGCAGGUCAACCCAGUGAGCGCUCCACAAGGGGAGAGACCGGGACCACGAAACACAGGUGCUUCUGACGUAACAACUAUCUACGUCACUGUAGGGGAACCAGGAGCUGCAGGAGUGGAGCUCCCGUCACCAGAAAAGAUGCCAGAGUCACAGUCAGCGGGAAUCUACAGCACUGUGCAGCAACCAGCUGCAGAAUAGUGUCACCUAGUGGACAAAGUGGGCGCUACAAAAGAAGACAGACCAGGGCCGCAGAGCCCUACAUCGAUCUACAGCACUGUACAGAAACCAGCAGCAGCACAGUGUUGCCCAGUGGACAAAUACGGGAAUAAUCUCAACAAACCAGACAGAGCUGCUCAAUAGGAGAUAAACUACCCCUCCGUCCCUCUCACAGUUACCCUGCUAUUACAUUGACUAAGACUUGACCCCUAGACUCAGAUAGCGAAAAGCAAAACACGGGAAAUUGUGAACAAGGAAGAAUGAGGGGAAAUUGUGAACGAGGAAGAAUGAGGGGAAAUUGUGAACGAGGAAGAAUGAGGGGAAAUUGUGAACGAGGAAGAAUGAGGGGAAAUUGAAUAUAUAAAAAAAAAACAUUGACUUAUUUUGCUUAAUUAAUCAUUCCAUCUAUUAGCACUGUACAUGCUUUAUUAAAAAUACAUGUAUACAAAACAGCUGAAUAAAAAAAAUGGGAAUCCCGUGUUUGAUCCCAUCUUCAACAAACUGAAAAGAAGGUUGAGAUGACAGGCUCAACCAAACAAUAGCAAUAAAAAGACACGUACAACCAAUCAACUGUAUAUCAUAUUUUUUGGGUUAUCAUUUUUGUAAUAAGUACCAUUAUCUAAUUGGCUAAAAUUCACUAAAUGUAAAUCGCUGGUAAAUGACUGAAAUGUCCAAUGUAGAUCGAUGAGAAAGCGCAUUUACAAAUAUCAAUAGAAAAGUUUCAAUCAAUUUCUGUAGGAUCUGUUACAUCUAGCUGGCUAUGUGGUAGAACUACACAGGUACUAUACAGGUAUGACAGAUUCAAUGAAACUAAUGUUCUAUGAUUGAGUGGAAUUUCUUUGAAUUGCACUUAAUUCAAUUCUACUCCCUGCCACUCAAACUCAAAUUAUACAUCAUGUGGGGUGUGGCCAAUUCAAUUAGAAGUUCAACUCAUGAGUUGAAUGGGAGUCAAUUCCAAAGGUCAGAAUUGAGCCCAACCCUGGUGAGAAUGUGUUUAUUGUGUAUUUGAAUAAAUGCUUUUGAGUGUACUAUGUA